AUGACCACUCGAAUUCCCUUGAUCUAUGUGCGUCCAGUGGUCUUCAUGAUAGUGGCUGAGGAUCCGACUGAAAGUUAUAGGUUUAUGUGGCGCCGAGGGAACGAUCGCAAUUUGCAUCCACGACUAAUCGGAGUGCCAGAAAUCGAUAGAUUACCUUGUUCGCAAUUCGCAUCCACGACUAAUCUGAGUGCUGGCAAAGGGAUACGUGUGAUAGAUGCUGCCCGGAACUACGACGAUGGCGCCAAUCUCGGAAGAGAGGCCGGAAUGAUGCAGUACCUUGACCAGCUGGACGUCAAGGGCUCCGCCGCAAUAGACACUAAGUCAGUUGCCUUUAUGCAGUUCCAGGAUAUCCGUGUGCCCGACCGGAGUGUACCUUAUGACGAGAUGCUUCGAGAUGUAAAUGAACUGCAUCAGGAAUGUCUUUUCGAAGAAAUUAGCCUGAGUGACUUCUAUAAUUGGGAAGUGGCAGAGAUAGUGACGAUUGUCAAGAGCAAUGAGUGGACCGGACCAGCGGUCUAUGAAGGCCUUUACAAUGCCCUGGAGCGGAACACAUCCGUGGCUUGCUUGCGGCUACAAGUAUCGUCUUACGCUAGGCAGGCGUUGGGAUAUAGAAAGUUUCGUGAUGGCUACAUGACUGCGAGCUAAGUACCAGAAUUGGGAGAUCGCAUUUCAGUCACUGCGAACGUCAUUAGUACGCACUACACAUGUCUGCAUAUCAUUACAGUCAUCCACCGGCCAAUGGUACACUACAUGAAAUUUUGAUUGUCACAGCACAACACUUCAAUAUAUAUUUUCCCCUCAUAGCAGUACACAUAAACAGUCCACCACAUAAUUUUCAAGAAAAUUAUGCAGCCUUGUGAGCUCAGUGCUGCAAAC